UAACUGCUGUGUUUCUGUGUGGGGCGGACAGCUCAGCCAGCAUCGUCGCGCCUACCUUGCAGCUCCAGUAAUGGACUGACUUUCUAGCCUCCACCGAGAUCGCUGACAAAUCCUCCGUUUUGUCACCUUUGCGCCAGAGAUAUACCUUCAGAGCCUGAAUCGAGUCUGGGAUGGUUUUAAUUUGAAGUUGAUUAACCGUGUGCCUGAGAGACAACACCAAUUUUGUGCUUUUUUUUCCACUCGCGAGACUUAUUUACAGCCGCUGGACGAAACGGGAUUCAACUUAAACGAACCCGCAGACAUUUUGUUAUUUCUGAGAUUUAGACCAUUUUUUUCCUGCCUCUUUACUUUUCACCAGUGUGGGCGCAGCUGGGGUGAAGAAAGCGAGCUGAAACCCUUUUUGAAGGACUAACACAAGACGAGAGGAGAAAACCUUCGACCACCUUCUCUCUACUCGCUCUCCAUCUCACCGCGCGGGUGUUUCAGAACGUUAUUAAUUUACAUGCGUUGAGCUCGCGCCGCUCCCGCUCGUGCGUUAAAGCGGAAAGCUUGCAGCAGCAGCAGCGAUGGAUCAUUUUGACUGACAGCUUUUGAAGAAUUAGCUAGCUUAGCCAGUGAGGAACUAGCACUGAAUGUUGGUUUCCUGCUGCCCACAGACACAGUAAAGAAAGACAGGGUCAGGACAGGUACGGCUGAAUGUUCGUCUAUCAACCAGACAAGACACCGACUUCUUUUGGUUCCCUCGCAAAACAGCCGCUAAGUGCUUUAUACUCAUAAAACAGGGUUAAUUUUUUUAGGAGGGCUCACUAGUAGCCACCGUUAGCUCGGCAUCCUGCUAACGCUGGACAGCUCCUGUUAAAGGCUGGGCUAGCUUUGGACAAAGGACCAACGCAAAAGAAGGAAAAAAAAUAUAAACACAGGACACUCAGUUGGUCGUGUUUGUGGAGAACAGCACCAAACAAGGAACUGACAUGAUGUUUCCACAAUCCAGACACUCAGUAAGUGCGCUACCAUUUCACAUUUGUUUGAAAUAUAUCAUAUGCACCCGCUCUGGAGUGCGCACCAAGUGAUUUUUACCAUGCAUGGAGAAGAAAUAGGCAAGUAACUUGUUUUUAACUGCGUGUUUGAUUAAACAGAGACAACAUUAGAAACGGGGGAUUUCACUGCUGUGCCUUCAAGUUCUCCUAAAUGUUGGUUUAUGGAUAGAUUUAGUGGAAUUAAAAUACCAAAAGAGGAAAAAAAAACUAAUUUUGGUUGAAAGCUGUUAAACUUUUGUACAUAAUAAGUAAUUAUUUUCGUCAAGAAACUCAAAUUAAUGUCAUAUUUCACAACCAUGUGAUUUUUAUGUCCAAUCUCGAUGCACUGUUUUCUCCAAAACGCAUUUGGAUGGAGGCUAAUUUUUCCAAAAUGUAAGCUGCUGCCCUGUUAUAACAAAGGAUAGGUGGUGUCAUUAUUUUCAUAGUAUGGAGGCUCAACCAAUCAAAAUUCACUGUAAACUAUAAUGUGAGGGUGGGUGUGUUUUAUGACUGGAAAAAAGCACACAUAUCCUCUGUUCCCCCUAAAUCUCAAGUUUCCAUGGUAACAGAAACUCAGUCCAGGGCAUGCAUUCAUCAGUAAUGAGUGCUGUAAGCCUAUUGGUCAAACACUUGUGUUAAGUGACUGGUAGAAAUGUGUUUCUGAACACUUGAGGAAUAAUGUCAAUGCUGUCAAACAGGGGUUUCAGUCUGUUUCUGGUAAUGUCCUGCACUCAAAUAAAUACCAUCCUUAUCUCCUAUCUGUGGUUCAGUAAGAAACCUGCAUUAACCCAAAUCUUGGGCCAAGCUGUAUUUUAAAUGUAGGUAUUUAUGAUACAUGUGCAGGUAAACAUGACAUCAAAGAAACUGUUAUGAUCCCAGUGCCUGCCCUCUGUUUCUCUCUGGCCACGUCUUUGUCAUAUUUUUUUUUUACCACUGAAAGGGAGAGAGUUGUGCGUUUAAGCCAGAACCUGAAUGUGUUUUUUUGUGUGAUAUGAAUGCUUUGCCCUUUGGCAGUCAGUCUGUGUGGAAGUCUGAUUGCGCUGUGCUGUGAUGCUGCCUCCACUGAUGGGAGCCAGCUGAUGUAUGUUAGCAGACAAGGGAGCAGGAUGAGAGAAAUCGUGAACCUCUGGUCGCAGCCUGGCUUGUCAGAUGAGUGAAAUCCUGUAAGGAGAUGUCUUACUGAGGUCAGCCUCAGUGUACCGAGACUGCGGAUCAGAAAAGAUUUUUUAAAAGACAACUUUGAGCUACAAAUGAAAAAAAAAACUAUUUCAUCUUUGUUUUUCUUUUCUGUUGAUGUGUCCUUAAUCAAAUGUCUGCUACUGUUUUAGCUGAGCUUAAGGCCUUAUGUUGAAAGGAAAGAAAACAUCAAGAUACCAUCUUUUAAACUAAUUUAAAUAACGAUCUAGCAUUCAUCAUUUUCCAUCAGCAUUUGUAUGGUUUAACGUUGGUCUUUAGCUCUGAGAUGUGGUCCAUUAGAGUUGACUUUGCCUGAAGUAAAUGUCCUUUUGUCACAUUAGAAGAGUUCCUUGAUACCAGUGUUGAAACUUAAUCUUAUUUUCAUUUUAAAAUAAAAAAAGAGACAGCUGUUUGUUUUGAUGUUCAUAGAAAAUUUUGCUCAAACUCAUUUUGAAAAAUAAUUUGCACCACAUUAACUGUGCAGCCCUUUUUGAAACCACCCUCCUUCCUCUGGGUGAACUGGGAAGCAGCCCCCAGCUGAUGGGGUGAGAACUCAGUCACCUUUUCCAAGGUGAGAGCAUCUGGGCCACUCUGCUCCUUCCUGGCUGGCUGGCUGCCUGCAUGCCUGCCUGAUAGGAGGUUAUUUUUCUAAUCCAGUUCAGUACCCUUAUGCUUCUUGAUUGGAGUAUUAAGACCGAGGAUUAAAAAUGGGGUAUGGGAAUUUAGCAUGUCUCUUCACCUGCGUUACAGCUGCUUUAGUCUUUACAGCAGUCUUGGCAAGCACUCCAACCCCCCACAAAUACACCUGUGCUCUGACCUCCAGCCCCCUACGGUGGCAUUAAACAUAAGCACACACACACACGCACACUCACACAUCCUCUUUUCAAAUCAUCUUUCCUCUCAGUCUCUGCUGCUGCUGCUGUCAUAGGGACCUGGGGAUGGAGAGAACGUGUGACACCCGUAUAGAUAUAAGUGUCAAAGAUAAGGAGCAGGAAGAUGAGAGACUAACAGCAGCACUGCUGUGUAAUGACAGAUGAUGAAUCCCACAGACUGACUCAGUUACUACUGAAACUGCCUCCCUCUUAUUUCUCUUUGUUCACUCUGUGGUGACUUCAACUUGAAUAAUUUACACUGGCGUUUGAUUGUAACAGAAGUAUCAUAUUUCCAUAGUGGGCAGCCAUGAUUAGGGAUCCUCUUUUGUGUAAUGUGUCUAAUUUAAAACUGCAUCAGGCUCAGAGGAAGCUGUACUUGUGUUGAUGUUGGAUGUGUGGUUUUCUCGGAAGAUAAUCAUUAUGAGUCUCAGGUGCAUCCUGGGAGCUGUUGCUUUGUGUAAACUGCAUUAAACAGUUUAAUAUGAAUUAGGGCCAGACCGAUAUAGAUUUUUUGGGGCUGAUACUGAUACCAAUUAUAAGGGGGGAAAAAAUCUGAUUAAUCAGCCCAAUUUAAAAAAAAUUAUGAAGUUAUAAAAUAUAUAUAUGUACACUGUAGGUUACUGCUCUUCACGCCGAUGGAAAGACCAACUGAUCACCCCCCCCGCCGCCGCCGCUGCCACCACUGAUCGGGGCCUCCGCGUCGUAGCUCACAUUACUCAUUUCCGGUCCGGUCUCAUCUGGAGACAUGCAGCUGCCUCAGUAAGAGAAGUAGCUUGAUCACGUAAUGUGUACUGUUGUUUAUUCUACCGUUACUGGUGCGGCUAACAGUGUAGCAAGGCUAAUAGCAGAUGGCUAACUCUAACUUUAGCUUGCAUAUUACAUGGUGCUUCACUGUUAACUCAACGCGACCAAGACCAGCACAGCGGGGAACAACGUGAAGUGGGUUGAACUGAAGCUUGUUGACUUGUUGUGUAUUUCACAAACUGGUUUAUUUACCAUUGAAGCGGACCACUCUCCUCAGUGCGUCCCUGAGCUGCCUACUCCAGAUUCGUCACUCUGCUGUGCUGUGAGGUAGUUAGUGGAUGAAGAUUGUCAUGAGGUCGCUGCGCCAUCUACAGGAUAAGUCGGGGAACUUUUCAAAUGGCGGAACAUUUUCAAAGUGAAACCGAGUUUUGGCUGAUUGCCGAUUAGUCUCAAACGGGCUAAAAUUGGCCUAUUUAAUCGCCUCGCCGAUAAAUCGGUCUGGCCCUAAUAUGAAUACACAGUAAUAAUAUUAUUCCUGUUAAAAACUUAGCAAGAAGUGAGAAUUACAAGACAACUCACAAUAUGGUACGAUGCCAUACGAUAUGAUACAACACAACAGGAUAUGAUACAAUUUGACACAAUUGUUUGCGAUACUGGUACAAUAUCCGCAAGAAGUGCAAUAUAAUCAAAUAGUGAAACAUCAAGCACAACUGAAGAAAGCUCAUAAAAGGUAAAGUGCAGGAUGGAUGUCAUUAGCUGAAAGGAGUCAUGACAUAGUGGUGCGGUGAGUUCAAUCUAUCAAGAGAGACGUUUUUUUUACCAAAUUUCAAAGCCAAGGAUACAGCAGUUGGAUUGCACAAGUUGGGACGACUUUAAAUUGGUGAAAUGAUAUCUUGUCCCAUCCCUACGCUUGGUCGGGUAGUGUUCUCCAUCUCCAACUCACUGGUGUUAAAUUCAUGUUAGUAUUUAAUGUCAUUCCAGGUGCAUAUUGCAUGUUCAGGGUUUAUAAAUAAUAUAAUUUUUUUUCGUGGCUCAUUUAAAAACUGAAAACAAAAAUGCCAUGCUGUUUUUGUAUCUGUUUUGUUAUCACAUAGAGAUCCCAAAAGAGCAUUGUUUCACAGAGAUUUUAAGUCAGUAAGCACAUUUUAAUCCACCGUCACAGGUUAUGGGCACAGUUCAUUGGUCUUAGCUGCGAAAGCCUUAUUUGAUAGUGGCACAGUGCCUGACCCAGUUGAUAGCAUUUGCCAUAUUGUUUGGGUGUUGAUUAAUCCUAAUGCAGCUUCAACAAAGCUGGAUGUGGUGUGAAAGUGGAGCAACAGAAAGGCACGGUGCCAAGAGAGAAGAGCAAGUAUGGAGGCAAAAUCUCACAAGUCCCCCGAGAGCCCAACGCUCAACUGUAGAGAUGGCCACAGGUUGCACACACACACACACACGCACAGACAGACACACACAGACAGACACACUCCCUCCUCCUCCUCCUUCUGCUUGUCUCCCUUUAUCAUGCGUUUCCUCUCAGAUCUGAUGUAGUGGUGGGAGGGUCAGGGGCAGAGGGUGCACAGGCAUUAUUAAGCCCACUUGAAUUAACAGGACAGCCCCUAGCCUUUCCUCUAAAGCCUCCAGCUGGGGGGAGCUUAAUCCCCAUGGUCCCCUGUCUCGCCCAUUAAACAAACUCCCCCCACCCCUGCUUCAUUGCUCUGUUGCGCACACACUUGCACGUGUUUGUGUGGCUGUGUGUGGGCGCACACACACACAAACACACAAACGUAUGAGAGUGCGAGCGUACAGCAGCAUGGAACACACUGACAUACACUUUAGCCUUAUUCUCUGCUGGUAAUUAUCACUCCAGUUCAAGAAAUAGAGGGAUUUUUUUCUCUUUCACCCAUGCAGCAUUAACAACAGGUGCACACACACACACGUGCGCACACACAUACACACACAGACAUUACCAGCCUCAAGGGUCUUACCUGCUUUUUGUAUCCGGGGAACAAAUUGAAUGCAGGGCUUGACACAUGCAGGGCAGCAGAUGUCUGGGUCCUUGAGGUUAGGCCAUCUGAUUAGCAUGACAAACAAAGCCAUGCAGUCCCCCCCCCCAAAACACCCUCACCCUGCAGGAGGCCCUGCUUUUGAGUGGCUGAGUCGAGGCCAUGGGUCACAGGUGAUGUUGAUUUUUGUGAAGGGCCACAGUAGAUGUCUGUCAAAAUGCUUUGGUUGACUCAAAAGAGGGGGGAGUAAACCAGUACAACCCAUCUCUCUCUUCGAACACACACAUUGACCUCGGCUCAAGCAGAGAAUGGGAGUACUCUUGCAUGCUGACUUGUACCCCCCUUUGUGCUCCCUCGUAAGCACACUUUCUGCUACACUUUUUAUUGUGACUGGGGCAGACAGCAGAAAACACUCAAUAAAGAAAUAAAUAAAUCCAGUACAUGUACCCAGCUGGACUAAAGCCAGAAGCUGUUUGGAUUAAAGCCUGCAUUCUUAACCCCAAAAUCUUAUAAGCCAAUUUAAAUUUUAAUGCAAUUUCUAGAGUAUUUGUGGAAAACAAUAGAAACACAUCUUUUUUAUUCUGCAAAGUGUGCAGGUUAUCAUGUGAGAAAGGUGGACAUUCACAUCAGCUGACUGUGUAUCACAUUGUUCUUGGGAAAAAUAGAUGUUUUAUUGUUCCACCAAAUUUACUGUGGUAGUUUUUCACAUGCUACCUCUGAGUAUAGAAAACACUUAAAUCUUGAUGCAUCUCUCAAUCUACUUCUCUGAUUGUAGUUAAGCUGUACAAACAUCAGUGAGUGGAUCUUAUUAACUCAAUGUCUCCUCUGCAGAGCAGAUUAUAUAUACAUGUUGAAGAGUCAUACAUCAUAAAACACUUGAAAUUAUCUGUUAAAUCUUUUUCCAUCAGAGUUUUAACAUUUUUACUGUACCAGCAUGUUGACAUGUCCACCUUAGCCAAGAGGCCUUUUGCAUAUGCUUUCAGACAAAGACCCCAAGAUCAGUUCAGUUUUAUCCAGACUACAAAAAACAUAAAUUUAGUUUUACUGGUGUCACCUGUUAGUUCCUUCAGAGGUUCUCUGAAGCCUGAUUAUGGCGGUCUUUAUUUUUGAAAUCCUUAUUCAUCCUGACCAAAACAGGCGUGAAGCUAAGGCGAGCUUUUGAAUGAUUCAACCUCUGGACCAUGUUGAUGAGUGAAGAAACAAGCUACUGAGACUGAACUAUUUUUGGACCAGAGGUUAAACAUUAAUUUAUUUCUGGCAGUUCAACAGGACUCCGCGUCUUAAGUCACGUUACUCAUUUCCGGUCCGGUCUCAUCUGGAGACAUGCAGCUGCCUCAGUUAGAGAAGUAGCUCAGUCACGUAAUGUGUACUGUUGUUUAUUCUACCAUUACUGGCACGGCUAACAGUGUAGCAAGGCUAAUAGCAGAUGGCUAACUCUAACUGUAGCUUGCAUAUUACAUGGUGCUUCACUGUUAACUCAGCGUGACCGAGACCAGCACAGCGGGGAACAUCGUGAAGUGGGUUGAACUGAAGCUUGUUGACUUAUUGUGUAUUUAACAAGCUGGUUUAUUUACCAUUGAAGCAGACCAUUCUCCUCUGUGUGUCCCUGAGCUGCCUACUCCAGAUUUGUCACUCUGCUGUGCUGUGAGGUAGUUAGUGGAUGAAGAUUGUCAUGAGGUCGCUGCGCCAUCUACAGGAUAAGUUGGGAAACUUUUCAAAUGGCGGAACAUUUUCAAAGUGAAACCGAGUCUUAUUCUCUGCAUUUUAUUUCUGAAAAUAUCGGCAAUCGAGUUUUGGCCGAUUACCAAUUAAUUUCAAACAGGCUGAAAUUGGCCGAUUUAAUCGUCUCACCAAUAAAUUGGUCGGGCCCUAGUGUACAGUAUCUAAUAUAGACAGAAACUAAAUAACUGAAACUGGAAACAUGAAUUGCAUUGAUGGCAAUAUUUUUCUAUUUUCCUUUGUGUCUGGAUAUAUUAUGAUCAGUCAUUUGGACUGUCAACAUUAUUUUGGUGGUGGUGUUUUAGCUCAAUGAGACAGCAGCUUUGUAAAGCUCUGCGGGAUGACUGUCAACUAUUUCUUAGAUGUAGACAGCUGUAAACAAAGAGUUUGGGAUUUAGUGAAAGAUUUCACACCCAUUACUUCAAAUCAGAUCCAAAUCAAACUGACCCUGAGCUUAAUUUGAGAGUUGUUUGUCCAGAAUUUAUCAUAUAUAAUCCAUAGAGUUUCGAAGAAAAUAUCUGUAUUUGGUGCCUGCGGUGAUAUUUUGAAGUGUAGUUACAUGAGUUUGUAUUCGGCUAAAGCAAACAACCCUUACCCAGACACACACAAACUGUCUACACCAUCCCUCUGGAGCUCACUCGGUACAGCAGAGCAGCCUCUGGCUUGAUGGAAACACUGACUGAGUCGACAGAAAACAUGUUACCGCUCUAUGAAUGAUGCAGUGCCCUGCUGGGCCAAUCAGUUACAGAACUUCAGCUGCACGGUAAUUUAUUGUAGAGAUUCUGUUUGGCUUCUCUGGAAAUGUAGAAAGCAAGUUUAAAAACAAACUUGGAGCAGCGGUGACUGAUUCAUUAGGUACAGACAUGAGAAGAAGAGGACAGCUUGUUUUGUGGUUAAUCACAGUUUGGCUAUUUGCAGUUAUUUAAAAGUUUCAAUUUUACACAAAAAUGACAUCAUGGGGUUGAUUUCGAUGAGAUUUUUGUGUGAAAUUGACACUGAAUUUAUCAUUUCCUCCUUGACUGUGUUGGCCGCUUUGUAUCACAUAAACUGCUGCGGCAAAUCCGUCACAGACAAUGUGAAACAAAACAGAUGUCAACCAAGUUGGUUUAGUUUGGCUAUAGACUGACUGCACAAAUUAGUGAAUUCCCUGAUGUAAAUAUCAAUUCCUCAGCAGCCCUUGUUGACAUGCAUGUGCUAAAUAGCUCCAUGUAUGUCAGUUUCUGUGUAUGUUGGGGGGCUUUGUGCCCUCACUCAAGGGUGUUGUGGCUUAAAAGAAGGAAGUAAAAUGGUAAUGGAGUGUGUAUUUAGAUGCUUAUUUUCACAUGGAGUUGCUAGCUCAUAGGAUGGUGUAUGUGUGUGUUUGUGUGGGAGUUUAGGUGGGGGAUGUGUGGAGUAGAGAGGCUGCAUCAGUAUUCAGCAGUGGCUCCCUACAAGGAGUGUGUGGGAGGUGGGAAAGAGGGAGGGUGGCGACGGCGGGCAGGGUAGCCUUUCCUCAGAGCAGAACGGUGCGAUGGGUUGGAACAAAGCUGCUCGACGGGGGGCUGCUUGAUUGGCCCAGCCCGGCCCAGACCCCCAUAGACCUGCCAAUACGCAAUGCUUUGCACAAGCUCAGACAAGAGAAUUAGCUGCUCUGUUUGUGCGCCUAAGAGCAGAAAAAGCUCAGACUGGAACAGUAUGUCGCCUCAUGUCCACCAAAUUCUCAUUCAGACGGCAUGAGGAUUCACAGCACGGCAAUGAAAACCUCCCUCCCUCGGUCUGUUUGUGCGGGAGGUGGGAGUCCAUGAGGACAAAAGUGCACCAUGAGACAGGACUGGUCUCUCUUGUGUUGUAUUCAGAAUACUUGUUGGCAGGUAUUGUCAGCACCCUGCUGAGAGGUCAGCACCCUGCUAGUCCUGAGUGCAGCCAGACCAACCCUCAUUAUACACGCUUGAUAUUUACAACAGCACACAGUUGAUUUUUUUCACUCUGGCUAAUGAUAUUUUUUUUUAACUUGGGUGUAUGAAUUGUGUCAGAAAACAUACUUUUAUGAAUCAGGAAGCAGUUUCACACCUCUAUUUCACCUUUGCUGCUGGCUCUGACUAUCACACUGUCCAUUUUAUAUUGUGAAGAGGGUAUGAUAUGAGCACAACAGUCCAGCCUUGAACAAGCAAUAUAAAAGACACUCAUGGUCUCAUAGGUUUUGAUAAGUGAGUAAAUGAAAAGCAAAUAAAAGAUUGAAAUUUUUCAUUCAUGCUCAGAGAUACCAGAAAAAUGCAGUUGCCUUUAUGCAGCUUAUGAUUUGCGUUUGCAGCAAAAGAUUAUUUGGACUUUUCUUUGUUCAUUGAGGGUCUUUGUUUGUACAAAAACAGCUGAAUAAGUUUAGUGAAGUAUUAAUAUCAUCAUGAGAAAGAAAAAGAGAAAAAGGACCGCUUUCUGGCCCUCUGCAUUUUUGGUUUGUGGCUCUGAGAUUGUUAGUUUGGGCAAGUUUGGGAGUUUAAAUUCUGUCCCACCUUCUCACAAGGUAUGUGGUUGUAGGGCUGAGCGAUAAAUGGAAAAUGUACCAAUAACGAAAUUAACGACAAUUACCAACGUCAUUUUGCCCAUGUCAAUAUAUUUGGUGUCAAAUAAAUAAUAAAUAAAAGUUGGUUUUGGAUGUGUGUAGGUAAGCUAUGGUCUCAUGUCCCUUUAAGACACUGUCCUACAUCGGAGACAUGACUCUACCCCAUCCAGUCCGUAGCAAAGAGGAAAACACAGGUGAGGAUUGAAGUUGUAGUGGCUGGAGCAGAGGCUGAAGUAGAUGAAGCUAAUGUGGGAGGGGGUGAGCAGCUUGAGGAGUAGUUAUUGAGGUGAACUGCGCAAUAUGUCAUGAUAUUGAUUUGAGGCCAUAUCGCCCAGCCCUAUUUGGUUGUAAUAGUCUUUACAUUCAAUAUUAGGUGGUUUUUACAGAAUUGAAGAGCACAGAUUUUUUUAAUACAGCCCAAAUGCGGCCCACGCCUUGCAGAAAUUUUAUUACACUAAGAUACCUGAAGGUUGGAUUGGGAUUCAUUAACAGGUCCUCAAAAUUAAAAGGCUUGGAUUGUAGUCAUGGGACAAAAAAAAAGCUUCACCGUUUUAAAACUUUGAACGUGUGCACAGAUUAAAUCUUAAGUGCUGGCCCUUCCAUCAAGCAGAUGAAACUCAAGUUCCCUGGUGUAAGCCUCAUGCCUGCACUCAGGCUUUCUGCUUUCAUUGUCCACUUAUUUGUUGCAAACUUUGGGACUAAUCUUCCUUUCCAGCCUCCCUGUCUCCCCUCCUUCUCUGGCUGUUGUAAGUAAUAACCUUGGUUUUACAAGCAGGCAUCAAUCAUCCACACAACUCUACUGGGUGUAAUCUUAAAGCCCCCUUUCUGCGAGGUUGGCUUUAAUCUUAGCCAUGGUCUCCAAACCCACAGCCCUGUCGGCCUCACCACUUUCCCUGCUCUUGACAAAUUGCCCAUUUCCCUUGGCUUUGCAAUCUCGGCACUAUUUUGCUGUGUAUGUGCAAACGUGUGUGUUGAGUUAUAGUGUGCCUCUCCCCCUUGUUUCUGCUGUGUUUAAGUACAUGCCCGUGUGUGUGUGUGUGUGUGUGUUUGUGGUUGAAGUCUGCUACCUUUAGUGCGUGUGUGUCUGCAGGGCACAGCGCCUUAAGUGUUGUGUUUGUGUGUGCUUGUAUCACGCGCUUGGCUGGCACUGCACAGAGGGGUCAAGAUAGUUCUGUAGAGCAGGGAGGGAGGCCGAGCAAUGCCAAGCCUAUGUUAGCAAGGGCACUUCACUCGAAGUGAUAAAAGUAGAAUAAUCCCCUUUAAAGCGUCUUAACGAGGUCAAAUCUGUUGGGCUGCAAGGGGGGAGGCGUGUGUGUGUGUUUAUGUGUGUGUGUUGUGGGGAUAACGCUGCAGAAAUGGGGGUAAGCCUUGGCUUGGUUCGUGAGAGAUAAUAAUCAAAAUCAAAUUCCUGGCCCAAACAGGAUUAGGCUCUCCCUGUGCUCUAAAGCCCCUGUCCAGAGUGGCUGAAGACACAAUCCUAUUCCUCAGCCUCUUACACACACAAACACCGAACAUGCACACGCACACACACACACACACACACACACACACACACAGAAGGCAACAGCAAGGUUCACUUGGCCCUGACAGAGUUGGCUGGGUUGAACUUGGACCCCAGCCAGUUCGCCCUGUGCCUCUCAGAUCACUGGGCACAUACGCUUCAGUCCAAACACUAAUCUGGGAUAUUUAGAUGGAAUUGUUUGGUUGGAGCUAUUCUUAGAUGGAGGAUGUGAUCUUGUUUGGUGCUGGUGUAUUAGCAAAAGGCUUAAGCACUCAACGUCUGGCUUGGCAAAUCAUGUCAUGAUGGAUUUUUGCUGAGAAGUUUGCCUACAUGUUAAACACAUCCAGCAGUGGUAGUACUCUCCAUCACACACGUACUGAGGCAUGAUUGUCCUCUUCAUAUGUGGAGUGCCUCAUUGAAAGACUUCUCUUUUGGAGGAUAUAGGUUUAUCUUUGGAGUGCUCACUACUACUCCCAUUUCACAGUUGUGUCUAAUUACUCCAAAUUAGGCAUGUGCCGAUAUGAAAAAUUUGUUAUCACGAUAUUGAUGGCCCAAAAUAUCGCAAUUCACGAUAUUAUCACAAUAUUAGCGCAUUGCUUUUAACGUUAUUAAAUACAGCAUGACACACACAAACAAUAUGAUCAAGAGGCAGCUAACACAAUGUUGGGAGCAUUAGCGUUUUGGAGCUAAAGUUAGCAGAAACAUCACUAACGUCAAUAAUAAGCAGUAGAGUAGACCAAACUUGUUGCGGUCAUGUUGUUUUUACCUUGAUUUAGGGGAACGAUGCUGGAGGUAGGCACGUAGGUUUGAAGUGUUAGACGACGGCGCUGCAACUUCCUUACGGCAUAACCUGCAGAUUGGUGUCAGGUUUACCUGCUCCAUCUGUUUUGUGAAGUCGUAAAACGUCCAUACUGCCGACGGAACCUUUUUAAUAGGAGGAUACAGCCGAGGCGUUUCAUAAUUCUCAGUCUCCGACUGUUCUCGGUCCGGCUGCAUCGUUACGUUGGUUGGAAGUUGGAACGUGUGCGUCAACUUUUUUUUUUUCUUCUUCAAACUGUUCCCGGUUCACAGAGUGGACAUGCUCCAACAGUGCUUUGGGUGGCCGCAAUGCAUUGUGGGUGGCCACGCAUUUUGUUGUAAAAUUUCUUCAUUUUCGCUUUUAAUGUUCCCGUUUUGUUAGGCUGGCAUUAAUGUACUUAAUUCGAGAGUUGCUACUUAAUAUGGCAUAUCGCGAUUAAAUCGUAUAUCGGCACAUCCCCAGUGCUCACUACUACUCCCAUUUCACAGUUGUGUCUAAUUACUCCAAAUGUAUCUCAGUAAUGAAUGACUGUUUUGUGUACCUGCGCUCAGCACUUUUCACAAAGCUGUUUUUAGACCACACACACCACUCUCACACCCAGGCUUUAAUGUAGCACCGCAAUUCCCAAUCUUGCCACCAAACUUGAAAGCUGAUUAUUAUUUUGCUCUCAGAAGAAAUACCCAAUUCCCCGCAAUUGUGUUAUCCUUGAAUAAUAAUGUGUGUACGUCAAUCCAUUCUGCACUUAAUCUGGGAAACGGAGAGUGUGUGAUGGGCAGCGGCGUUAGAUGGCUCAAAUGGCAUCCUGGGGACUAGUUGCUAUGGUGCAAACAGACAGGCUGGUGUUGUGAAAUAGGCCAACUGCUCAUCUCCUGCAUUCAUUUAAAAGUGGGAGUGAGAUAACAUCCAGUCAUUAGUGAACGAUUACAAUGCCAAGGCACCAUCCCUACCCCCAACACACACAUGCACACUAAUGUAUACCACACACAACACACUCUAACUAAGAUGUAAACAGUCAGGCAGUGCUCCAGGAAAUACAAUCCCCACACUGCUUCUCCCCUCAGGCAGGAUUUACUCCGAGGAGGAUGUUUUUCUGUGUAUCCUGCUGUUAUUUGUGUGUCUGUGUGUAUUGUAUUGUGCUUGUGUGUGUGCUCUGCUGCAUAUAUGUCCUGUAUUCAUGUGCUUUCUGUGUGUCUAAUCACUGUAGUGUGCUCUCUGUGUGUGUGAGGAGCCCCCCUGUAAUCUCCAUCCCUCCCUCUAUCCCCUUUGUCGGCUGAUCUAUGGAGCAGAAACAACCUGAGCCUGAUUCUUAUUUAAAACAGACAUUAUGGUUCACAGUAGAUUUCACAUGGAUUGGACCAGAUGAUGAGGCCAGGAAGGGUGUAUGCGUUUGUGUCUGUGUGUGUGUGUCUGUGUGUGUGUGUGUGUGUGUAGGGGGUGACGAUGAGUGGGCUUGAGGUUGGUUGGUUAGUGGGUGGGGGCGAUGGGGGAGGGGCAGCAAUUUCCUGAAACGAUGAAUCCCAUUUAUUCGCUGAAGACUGUCUCAAUUGCCUCACCAGCGCACAAAGCUUUUUAAUGCUUUAAUUACGUCUCAAAGGAGCAGGGCAGAAUCAAAUUAGAGAUUGUCCUACAUUUAGGUGCCGUGUGUGUGUCUGUGUGUGCGCUUGUGUGUGUACGUGCACUAUGCAAAUUUAGCAGGAGGGGGAGAGCGUGUGUGUGUGGGCUGUUGUAUCCUUCUGUAUGAUUCAUGGCAGUGAAUAUUUGUUCCUCUGGCAGCCAAGCAUCAUACAUUGAAGCUUAUCACACCCUACACACACACAGAUGUGCGCACACACACACACAUACACAUAAAAUAUUUCCUGCACACCUAUUCCACGUUAAAGGUUUUCUGCUUUGCUCUCACACACUUAUCUUUCUGCGUCACAUUCACACAAUCCAUGCAAUCCCUCUGUAAUACAAACAAAAGCACACACUCACACAUGCACACAAACAUUUUCCUGGCCACUCUCUCGCACAAACACAAUUUCACUCACAGCGUGUAGGUAGCUUUUUUGUCACAGCAGAUGGCAUGUGUCACAAUAUUACGGCAGUAUUUCAUUAACAUUAUGGGCAUCCAUCUGUUGUGGGCUCUCAGGCCCCCGUGCGGAACCUUGUUUUGGUCACUGACACAGAGAGAGACGAUCAACAUUGUUAGAUGUGUGUGUCGCACAAGGCUGGAAAAGGCCCGCAUGGUUUUGUUGUGGCAAAAUAUUAUCGGGGCAAUUAUGUGGGAACUAUGAUUAAAAUUCCUGCAUUUUACCCUAGUCUCAUCAAAUAUAACAGCUGAUUUUUUUACAAUAACUGUAAGACAGCUUCCUGUUUCAAGUUUUGCUCAAUUAAUUGGAAAAUUAGAAGAGAAGACAAAAUAUUCUGCUUAUUAUUAUCUUUCCUCCCCUGUGAAGUUCUUUUUUUUUUUUAAAUUAACCCUUAAACAACCCGACCAUGUUUCACAUUACCAUGUUCCUUCCCUGCCCUGCUUGGUGAGAUGCGUUAAAGUAAUGUUUUAUAAUAGACACGUGUCAGACAUGUUAAGUAGGAAGUGGAGUAUGCAGACAAACCUCAGAUGAUGAACAAAAAAAAGUGAUCCGAUAUAGCCAAGAGGAAGUGAACCCAGCAGUUGAACCCUGGAGCAGUUUGCUUGCUUUCACAGCAUAAUCAACCUGGCAACUGGAACAAGUAACUGCAUGAUUUAUCGCAGUUGAAGAAGGUGUCUCGAUACAAUAUUACAGCUCAUAGUUAGCAUAAUAAUGGUGAUCAUAGCGUAAGCUCACAUCUGUAGAAGGACUUGAGUUUGGGCCUUGACAACAUCUACUGUUGUCAUCUGCUGUAUAAGACAGUACACACAGUAUUCGUAGUAGUAGUUUAGUACCUAAACCGAAAUUUACGACAAUAACCAACGUCAUUUUGCCCAUGUCAUUAUAUUCAGUGGCAAAUAAAUAAAUGAAUAAAGUUGGUUUUGGAUGUGUGUAGGUAGGCUAUGGUCUCAUGUGCCUUAAAGACGCUGUCCUACGUCAGACAUGUGUCUCCACCCCAUACAGUCUGUAACAAAGAGAGAAAAACAGGUGAGGAAAUGGAGGUUAAAAAGUUGUAGUGGCUGAAGUAGACGAAGUUAAUGUGGGAGGGGGUGAGCAGCUUGUGGAGUAGUUAUCAUUCAUUUAUCAUUAUCGAGGUGAACUGAUCAAUAUAUCAUGAUAUUAAUUUGAUACCAUAUCGCCCAGCCCUAAUUCAUAGCCCUUCAGUACCUCUGAAUUGUAAUUCCUUUUUAGCUGUGCGCAGUUUUAUCCUAUGAACUCAAAGAGUGGUUUACCUGAUAUCGUCCACUCUUGUGAGUUGUAGGAGUCGGAGGAACAGAGUGAGCUCAGAGUGUACUCAUUAAUUUAGCUCAAAGUGUGUCAUCAUGGGAAAAAAAACAAACACACUCAUCCUCAACCUAGUUUCAGUGAGGUAGCUGACCUAAAGUGAUGUAAACGCAGGUGCCUGUCAUCCAUGUGUGCAUUUGUGUAUCAGCCUGUACCUGAGAAACUCUGACAUGCAGACAGCAGAGGAGCAGGAGGGAACGAAGACUCAAGUAAAAUGUGACAAAGUUUUUUCAGCCUAGCAAGUUUUAAUUAUGUCUUUUUUGUUACAAAUCUUCCAGCAUUCGGAGCUUGUCUUGUGUUUAUUUUAGACCCUUUAUUAUUCUAUACCUUUAUUCUUUUUUAUGUUAAUCUGUAAUGUGAAUCACGUUAUAGAAAAUGCCAUAAAAAUAAAUCUCAGCUGGUUUUCGACACUUUAGACAAAGUGCAGGAGAAAAUAAAUGAAAUGUGUGGUGUUUGUUUGCCUCACUCUACCAAAAAUGCACCAAACCAAGACUUUAUAUCCAACUAGAUUUUUCUCAUUCUCUCAUACUUUUACCCAUGAUGCAUUUUAUUGUUGGUUAACCUCCCUACUUAAGUUAGCAUCUUGCACUGGUGUUUGGAUGUAAAUGGUUAUCCAUUACCUGGAGUCUCUUGAAAUUGCCUUUAAUUUUCAUUCAAGACAAAUCUGAUUUUGAUAUUAUUUUAUAAAGAUAAACUUAGUUGCAAAUAAUCUCUCUGCCUUUCAACAGUUGUUGUAACUGUGCCCACUGCUGCUGACACAAUCAGCUCAAAGUCACCAGUUAUUGAGGUCACUUCACUUUGCAAAGUGCGAUCGGUAUGAUGGCGUUUGGUCACCCAGUCCAGUGGUCCAGUCCUCAAGGCCCACUGUCCUGCAUGUUUUGGAUGUUUCCCUGCUCCAGCACACCUGAUUCAAAUAAUCAGCUCGUUAUCAAGCCAUUACAGAGCUUGAUAACGAGCUGAUCAUUUGAAUCAGGUGUGUUGGAGCAGGGAAAAAUCCAAAACAUGCAGGACCCCAUGCAUCCUAGACAACUGUAAUGAUGUGAGGACAGGUCUGCUAUAGCAUGUGCUUGAGCUAGCUUUGUAUCAUUGUAUCAGUGCGAACAGCAUAAAACAAAAAUGGGAAAAUUUGACAAUGUUCGAUAGUUUUCAUCUAAAUUAAGACAAAGCAAUGAGCUGUAGAUAUGAAAAUACUGUUGGGAGACUGGAAAGAAAGCUAAACUGGCAACCUCUGGCCUUUGUUUUGAUGCUGUUCUUUUGCAGGUGUUCAAAUUACAAUGGCAAUAUUUUGUCUGUCUUUGCACUCCGAUGGCAUUUGUCUCCCCAGUUCUAUGUUUAGACCAUAGAAAAUGUCUCAUUUUCUUGUUGUCUCUUGUCUUGUCUCUGUCUUCCACUGCCUGACAUCCCUGUGGAAAAGGAUGUCCCACCUGGGGCUAUUGACUGACAGAAACUUUGGUAUUUUAAACGUUUGCAUACUGCGCUUCACAGUGAAGAAAUCAGAUCUAGGGCAGCAGCUAUACCCUCAGGCACAGUAGCUAACCUGUAGGCAGACACAAAAACACACGCACACACCAGCUGAGUGUUCAGAAACCAUGCCAGUUCAGGGAAACGUUAUUGCAGUGUGAGUUGCACGGCUGCCUGUAGCUAAGUGCCUCAUGUUGACACAGGCCGUGUGUGGCACAGACCCAUAUAGCCGAGCUGUUGUUUGCUGACUUCGGUCGGGGCCAUACUGGCUGGAGAGAUAAUGGAAAAGGUUAUUUUGCUUUACAGUCGGAGCCCCUGUCUCUGAGCAGCAGCUUGGUUCAUGUGCACGGAGGUUUCUGUGUGAGUUGAUAAUGUCAGCAGCUCUUCUCAUGACAUUUGAAAGUGUAACAGCUGAGGUCACUUUGCUCAGCCGUGUUUUGCAGGACUUUGUUUUUUUUUCUCUUUCCCUCUUAAUCUUUCUCAUGCUUCGCUAAUCCAGGAAUGCCAAUUAAUUUAUGCAUGGAAGUAAAAUGUUUUUAUUUAAUAACCCAAACUGAUAUGAUACAAAGAGUUUACACAUAGAUCCAAGUAAUGCCUACUGACCUGCCGAACAAAAAGUAAUUCACCUUUGGAAGCAAACAUGCCUGUUCCGAAAAACUAGAGCAAUCUUGUUUAGUUAUUCUCUGGUCGUGUUUCCGUGAAUGCGAAGCAGAUUGUUUGUAGUUAAAAGUAAAACUGAGCCUCGUACGUUGCGGGGCAGGCUACAAAGCGACAGGUCAUUCCGAACAGCAGUGAGCUAGCUUCCUGUAAGUGCUGCAAUCAGAUUUCUGAUGGUUUUUUACGCCUGCUCAAUCAUAGUGGGAAAAUGUCGAUCCCUCUUCCCACCUGACCCAUUAUGCAGCCUGCUGAGAAAUAAUGAGAUUUUGUCCCUAUUUGGGUUUGAUGCUUGCUGUGCUCUAACACACAACCAGGCCGUCUGCGGCUGCCUGGGGAAUGUAGUGUGGGCAGAAUUACAAUGAGGGCUAAUAGCAGCAUCCAGGCUGUUUGAGAGAACAAUGAUGUAGCUUCCUGUAUGAGGCCCAAACCAAGUCUUUAUGACUUCACAUGGGGGGAAUUUAGAGCUCUGAUUCAUCCAGAAUGCUUUCUAUUGAAGAUUCAUUUACAUGGCGAUUAAUAUGUCCUCUCAACAACAGUCCAAAUCUGACAACAAUAGUUUCCAUCAAAACUUCUCUUGAUGUGUUAUCUCAAUAUUGAGCAGAUUAUGACAUAUAGGUGUCUCUGACCUUCAUUUUGUUGAAUAGGCAUUAUUUUGAUUUACAAUAACGAUCUUCAUCUGCCUGGUUGAGCUGUAUAUUCUUCCCUUAUUUCUCUGGCAGGUGUAAAGCUUGCUGUGGUUGUCCUUGUUGGGAUGUGAUAACGCAUCUGCUUGUCGAAUUAUAAUAAACAGCUCUUCAGCAGCCCUUUAAAUAGCUGGAAAUUCAAUUUAGUUUCAAGUCAUGGGAUUACUGAGCGGUGAUAAAUCUAGUUGGAGGAACACAUUCUUGAAUCAGAGGCAAACAAAGACAGAACCUGCUGUACAGAAAGGACUAAUGAUUCGUUAAGAAAGAAAACAACAACGCAUCGAAAACUGAAAUAUAUUCAUUUCCAGUCUUCUCACUCACAAGCCUGUCGGGGACAAGAGUUUUUCUGACAACUUGCUACAAAGUUUUCCACAAUGGGAAAUUAUGAUUUAGAUUAACUGUAAUCUGAUUUGUCCCCCACUUUGUUUGUGCUCUAAAUCAAAUGUUACAUUCGCAUUUGUUUAGUUAGGUUCCUUGACUUUUGAUAUUUUUUUUCACAGAUUCUUUCACAAACAAACAGAUUAUUGUGUUAUUUGAUUGGUCUCAUUUACUUUUGGCAUAAUAUAAUGUAUGACUGUAACAAUUUAAAUGAAUACCUACCUAAGAUCUAGGGGUGUCCCGAUACAAGUUUUUUAUUUUACCUCAGAUACGAUAGCGAUAUUGUACCCUUUGAUAUUGUCCGAUACCGAUAUUGAUCCAAUAUUAGCACAAACUUGUGCAUGCCAAGUUUUUCACUCAGCUGCAACGUCUUUUUCAGACUUUAAUGAAAGAUAUAUCACUCUUACUCCUUGGUACUUUGGUAGUACCUUAGUACACACUGUUGUUGUGAUUACAUGGGCUCUACAUGCGGGUGCUGCUUGAUAGAGGUGCUGGAGCGGAGUCUGGAAUGGACUGCGUGUAUCGGAGUGCUGAUAUCGGAGAUUUUAGAUGCAGUAGGGGUGUACCGAUAUCAGUAUCGUAUCGGGACACCCCUACUAAGAUCCCUCACGUGAUUUCAUUAUGCGUUUGUCAUUGUUGUGCUAGCAAAGUUAUUCCAUCAGUGCUCAUUCACAGGUUAUUUUAGGUAACAGCAUACAUUAGUUUGUGGGGUUUUUUUUUUCUUUUCUUUUCUUUACCUGUUCACCGUUUAGUUAUCUGUAGGGGCGAACAGUGCACUGUACACUCACUUAAAGGGUUAACUUUCAUGAUUGCUUGGGCACGCAUCUGGGUUUUGUCCAUUAAAGGUUAAACCGGGUGUGUCCAAAACCACUUCUAGCUGAUUGAAACUGUCAGUUGGUUAGGUUUUGUGUGUAACCUGGGCUUCAUAACGAUUGAGAUAACACUAUAAUGCAUGUACCAGACUAAAAAAACUAGCAGACAAUGGGUAUCCAUCUCCCUGGUUAAUCUGUGCAUCUCCUUACAUACACACAUCUUUGUGCAUUUUGCGUCUCAUGUUUGGAAACACAGCUGACAAUUUCUUUGUGAUACGGUACCUGCAGGACUGCUUAACAGUGAAAACUGGCCUUAUUUCUUUCAGCCGCCCUCCUCCCUCUCUGUUUUGUCUUAUUUUGUCACUCUAAACUCGUUUCUUACAUUUUUCUUCUGGUGUUUUUCUCUUUGACAGGCUUCAUCGCAGCAGCUGAAAUUUACAACCUCUGACUCCUGCGACAGGAUCAAGGAUGAAUUCCAGUUCCUCCAAGCACAAUACCACAGGUGCGAUCCGAAACCCUCAACACGCACACAGACACAGAAAUGCAUACAAAUCCAAAUAAGACAGUUAAAUACCACAGGCUGAUUAGUUUAGCUCUUUGUAACAAAAGAGUAUUUCUCUAGGCUGUGAAGUUUGAAUAUUGUUUUGUAGCAGAUGAAAUGUUUACAAAAUACAAAACGUAGGAGCAACAUAUCGUCAAGAUCCUGUGAUAUUUAGUCAGAAAUGGCUUUUUUAAGACUGUAAAUCAUGUCGUCAAUCUCAGAAACAAACUCACAUUCAAUCAGCAGGUCUGUAAAUUACUAAUUUAUGCCCUAGAAGUACUCUAUUCAAAAAUGUUGACAUAGCAAUCAAACAAAGACCGUGAGUUUCUAAUAGAUAACACAAUUUUAGGACCUCUCAUUCACAAAUAAGAUAUAUAUCAGGUAAUUAUAAGUAAUAAAAUUAAGUAUUGCAGAGAAAUGAGCUUGAACUCCAGAAAACAUCCAGAGUCAACUGUUAUCAAAAGAGAAUAUCUGCUAUCAUGCCACUCUUCCUCAACUCUACCAUCACUCUGCAUGGUAAACAUUGUUUCCUCGCUCAUACCUAAAUCAAACUUGUUUACUCUGGAAUAUUGAUCUUCCUUCACCGCUGAAAUGCCGCCACAGUGCCAGAAGUCUGAGGCACUUCCAAAGUACACGGUUCGACCUGCACUGAUCUGUUUGAUAGCAGUUAUAAAGAGAGGGGACGCCACGGGGUCUGCAUCUCAGAGCGAGAUCCUCUCUUUGUAAAAGUGGAGUCUUUGAAGCCUGCCUUCCUUCCUGAGGAGGUCGGUUUGUUCCUCUGUACCUGUUCUCCCACAAUCUUCCAGAGGCUUGCCUCUGCUGGUAACAGAGUCAGGUGAAGGCAGAUGAAAGCCUGGCAAAAUGUGUGCAAAUUCCCCGCUCUGGUCUGAUCUCUCUUGUUUGCGAAAGAAUCUAAAGCAGCCAUAACACCUCAUGCGUCUUCUCCCUCUCCUUUGGUUUUUGUAAUUCCCACAACGGUGAGCAGCAUCGUUUAACCCUCUUCAGAGAGCCAGGGCACAGUUGAAAGAAUACCUUUUUAGUCUGAACGUACAGAACAUGCAUACAGUGUCUAUUGACUCAAGAGGGGGGCUGGGAUGGGGCGGUGGGCUCGGGAUCCACAGACGAGGCUUUGUAGCUCUUUGCCGCUGUGCCGUACUUGUCUGUUGCCGAAGCCUUUAAAAGGCAAAUGCACCGCAGGCACUCCCCUGGGUAUAGUAGCAAGCAUUGUAGCUGUCGCUGUCUUCCUCUUCCCGCCUCCCUCCUCCCCUUUUCCCACCUCUUCUCCCCUCCCCUCGCUCACAUGCAUAAAUAGAUCAGGGAAUACAUAAAUCAAAAUAAAGAUGACAGCAGGAGCGAUUUAGAGACGGAAGAAUCGGCAAUAAAACUCCAUCAAAGUGUCGUUUGAGAGCAGCGGUGCAUGCCCGGGGGCUGCUGAGCACCAAUCAGAGGAGGCAACAAGCCAAUCCCAGGUAGGCUGGCAGCAGGGAGGCCUGUCGUCAUGACAACCCAUCACACUACCUACGCAUGUACAAAAGGAUAGCAGGAAGGGUUUUAUGUUGGAAGGAAGGGGAGUGUUUUGGGUAAGUGGUGGCUGCUCAUACACAAAUAGGAUUGAAGCAGAAUAUACCCUGCCCAUCAACCCCCACAAAGACGCCUCUCCCAUCCUCUGCGACUGCUUAGCAGGUUUGAAAUCUGUUGCAUGCCAAGGUAUUCGCAACCAAGACCAUUCCAUGCGAUGGUCUAUCAGUGGAUUUAUUUGAUGGGGGGGGUGUCCCCCAAGUCUGAGUCGCCUGCAGGUUUUCAUAGAGUUCUGGCUGCGUCUGUCCACCAUUCCUUCUUGAUUUCAUUAAAAAAUGACUCACCUGAGGGUGUAGAUAAGAAGCAAAAUAAAACCGCAAGGGUUGCCAAAUGUUGAGUUUUCGUUUGUUUCGAUAUGUUGAUUUCCUCUGGAAUAAUCUCUUGCCUAUGAAGUUUUCUCCUUGCUCUUAAGGCAGUUGCUUGGAUAGCCUCCACGACACACGUCAGUGAGAUAGAGAAAAUAUUCACAAAACUUCACAUGGUUUUAGACCCACAUCAUGUCUCAUGGAAGCACAGUUCAGGAUCACCACCAUAAUUGGAUCUUGACAUCAAUGAUAUCACCAGCUUGUGUCAACAUAUUUCUUCGGUUACUGCUCAGGGAACAGUUACAACAUGCUCUGAGAUUUCUGAUCAACUUCUUUCCUCUUUUUUAUCAGACAUCAAGCCACUGCCUGUUGUUGUCAUUUUCACAAAGAAUGAAAAAUCACUGUGAACAGGGAGCUUAUUAUAGGCUAUGAGCUUUCACACCUCAAGAGAGGUUCUUGGUACUGCUGCCUGCAUCAAAUAAUGAGUGUUUUUGGUGGUCAGAACAUUUCUGUGUGCUCCUUUACUCUCACCCUGAUGUGCCUUCUUGUAUUUUUUCAUUGGAAAUUUUCAUAUUCAUACUGAUAACACCAGUUUAUACUUGUCAAUUAAGCCAAACUAGACUAAUAAAUUACCUACACUUUUAGAUUUACUAAAAUGCAAAUGCGAGCUGAAUGACCAUUAUUUAUCUGUCUUUAAAACUCAGGAAAAAACUCAAAGUAUUUACGGUGUCCUCUGCUGCUUAGAAGCACUUCAUCUUCGAGUUAAUUUAUGCCAAAAAGUAAUAUCCUAACCUGAUAAUCAGCAUCAGCAUUUCUCCCUCAACAACUACUUCCCACAAUAACAUAUUUGAAGAUCCACAAUUUUCUGAAGGUAACACUGCUAAACUUGCUGGAAGCAGUUACGCCUCGAUGCACAUGCCCUUUAAGGUUUAUAUCCUGUUUUUUAUGUUUUAAAAGAGGCUGAAAUUAAUAAUAAUGUCUCUGUAUGGCCUUUAAAAGAGAACAAGACCGUCAGUAUGUAAAGAUUGACUAUUUCCGUUUAUUUCUUUAAAUGCCUUUAUCUGCUGCUAUGUGGAAGGUGUCAGACAGAGCAACGUGUAACACUGUAUUGCAGAAAAAGCCACAAUAUUGUAGGCCAAAGGUUUAUAGCUAGAAAGAGAAGUUUGAAAGUUAAAAGAAAAGUUGGAAGAGAUUUUUCUUUGGGAAAAUUAACUUAUGCAUGUUCAGGACAAGAACGGUUUCCAGAUGAGAGGAACCACUUUGUCCAGAGAGGGAGCCAAAAUCAACACAAACUGUUCCAUACAGCGCUCCUAGUUACCUGGCAAAGUGUAGUUACAUGCAAAGGUAGAUCAUUUUAUAACAAAAGUUUAAAUGUUUGUCAUUAAAAACCCUCCUAACACUGCAGCUGCUGUCAUCAUUGUAGAAGCACAUGACUGCCUGUUUACUGACAUUAUUGUCCUGGGUUCAGUCUGCCAGUUUAGACUAACAGAGAUGAGGAUUCAGCCAGCACACACACCGUAAUGAAGCUGUCAUUCCUAAAGACAGCCAACAGAGAACAUCCCAGCAUAAAUAUACACACACCAUCAAACAGGUUUCAGACUUAUCCUGAAUCUGUAACUAUCCUCUGUGUGCCUGCGCAUAUCUUUAUUUGAUCUGAGCCUUAUCCAGUCCUGACAUCGGAUGAUGCCUCCUGAAACGACACCAUGUAACUGGCUGUUUCAGUCAAAGGCACGAGGGGGGAGGUUCUUUUUUCUUUUUUUUUUUUUACUCUCUGUCUUUUCAAUUUGACUAUCAGAGUGACUUGUUGACACAUCCUCCUUUGUCCUGUCACCUCAUGUUACGUCAACACUGACAUGAUUUUGGCUAAUAGCUGUCACACGGACGGCUCACAGGAAAAGCUCAAAUGCUAAAUUUAGACUUCUGACUGCGCCGCCUCUUCCCUGAUUUAGAAGGCAGACAUUUUGGCACAUAUCUGGAGUUCCAGAUAACUUUGACCUCUUCCUGUCAAAUCGGCACCUUGUUAAAUACAAACGAACAAAAGGUGAGCAUGAUAGCUGCAGCAGUGAUGAUGAUGAUGAUGAUGAUGAAGAUAAUAAUGGUAGCAGGGGGGAUGACAGUAGAAAUGGUGCAGAUGAUGAUGAUGAUGAUGAUGAUGAUGAUGGUAAAGGUGGAGGCACUCAUGAGGGCUGAAGUGCUGGUGAAAGUGAUGACAGUGCCGUUGAUGAAAGUGAAGGUAAUGAUGAUGAAGGAGGGGAACAAGUCACAUGGUGUCAGCACUUUAGAAGGAGGACUGUCAGGCCGACUAACAAGAUCUGACUCACUUCUCUUCUUCUUCUUCUUCUUCUUCUUCUUCUCUCCCUUUCUCUCUCGCUCUCCCUCUCUCCUCACAGUUUGAAGCUGGAGUGUGACAAGUUGGCCAGUGAGAAGUCAGAGAUGCAGCGCCAUUAUAUCAUGGUGAGUGAAGUGAUGUGUGCUUGAGUGUUUUUUGUUUUCUUCUUGUACAAUUUGUACAGAAAACUGCAACCACCUACAUCGAAAGUACAUUUACUGUUGUUUGUGUUUAUUCUGUUGAAAGUUCCUCUUUUGUGAUCUUGUUCUCCAUCCACUCUCUCCCUCCUUAGUCUCUGUUUUGGUUCUCAUUUUAGAAUUUAAAGGUAAUUCUAGUGUACUACAUCUCUUCUUUUUCGAAGCUUGGCCAUCUGUUCAGUGAACUCAAAAACCUUGCGCACAACAAAAAAGUGCUGAGAUAUAAAAUAUCCAAGAUCGCUACUCAACAUCGGACCAUCUGGGUAGGAAACACAAGCUGUUCAUCAGUAAUAGUUGUCAAAAGAAAACAAAAGUGUUAGCAAAUUGGGAUGACAAUCUUGAAAUUGAAUCUUCACUUGAGGAUGAUUCAUGAUGAAUCAGUAGAAAACACUCUUUACAGACUCUAGUUUCAGUGGGCUGAAUUAUGACCCUGUCAGUCAGGGUUUUGUCUGAUGAAAUGUUUUCAAACACAAGUAACUAGCCUUCUCGCUGUCUGAACAAUUUAAACAAAACAAAAAAAACUUGUGAGAGUAUGAAGACUUUUGUAUGAAAAAAAUUAAAACCGCUGUGUUUUCAGUCAGUGUGCCCCACUCCAGGAAACAGCAUCAGCCCCUGAUUUUUCAAGUGACCUUAUCAAACAUGUUCAUGAGGGAAAAGAGCUGGGUUCAGCCUUAGCGACCGUGUGAGAACCAGGGGAAGCUCAGAGAAGAGUCGCUACUCCUUUGAGUUGAAAGGAGCUAAUUCAGGCAUCUCAUUAGGAAGCCUCCUUGGCACCUCCCUCUGGAGCUAUUCCUGUGGCUUCCAGCUUAGAGUAGACCCCAAGGUAGAUCAGGAGAUCUCUGGAGGGAUUGUAUAUCCUGUCUGGCCUGGGAGCACCUCUGAACCCUCAGGGAGGAGCUGGGAAACAUUACUUGGGAGGGGGAUGUCUAGGUCAACUGUUGUUGUGUCUCAACCCCAAGUAAGAGGAAAUUUACAGCAGGAGAAAUGGAUCAAACUGACAAAUGACGAUGCCCAUGUAGAGCCCAGACAGGUCCUAUUAAAUUUAUGACAAAGGCUCAAAGUCCACCUGUGAAGAAAGAGGCUUGAUUAAAAGGAUGAACAAACAAAGCUUGGGGUUUUAUCGCUGAAGCAUCAUUGGUCAUCUUUUCAUUUUAUACUGAUAGUAAAAGUCACAUGUUAAUGUAACUGUGAUCAAAAUAUGCAAAUAUAUGAAUUAAGACCUUUAUCUGUUGGACCAACACAGAAGGGAUAAACUAGAGAGUAAUUAAACAAGAUAAAAAAGAAAUAAGCAUUUUAAAUAUGGGACUGUUUAAUAACAGCUGAAGGUGGUCAUAACAACUGUUACAUGAAACCACCCACCCACCAAUUGGAAGCUGUAAAACCAUGAUUAAAGCUACUUGAAUUGCCCUUUUUUAUCCGUGCAUUUCUAUAGGGAAAACUUUAUUUAUGUGUGUUUCUCCUUUCAGCACAACCCCCUUCAUUUCCUCUCUUUCCAACCCAUCUCUCUCCGUCUUUCCACACAUGCACACUCACUCACUCACACACACGCCCGCUCUCUGCUCCACCUCAGGGCUAAUCUCAUUGUUGCUGGCCGUGGCUGUGUAGCCGUCUGAUGUUUUGCCUCUAAUUGAUCCUCUGACUGGCUUUAAUCUCAUCUAAUCUGUGCCGCCACACUGCUCUCUCCACCAUCAGCCAGCAGGCAGGCACACCGCACACACAAGCGCACACUCGCAAGCACACUUCCUCUCUGUUUAUUUCAGGCCGGCAUGAGCGCCUACAGUUGCACACAUGCCCCCAAAGCCUCAGACACUGUGGCUGGAAGCAGCUGCAUGAUCACAUAAACACACCUUCUGACAAAAAAAGGAAAUAGAUAUUGGAAAGAAAGACUGCACCUGUCUUUGAAAUCCAGAAAUGUUUAUGAUGAGGUGUUUUAACGGUAUCUUGCUGCUCACAUAUGCUAUUAUAAGCAUUUUCUUCUUUCAUGCACUCAUGUAUUUAAUACCUUGAAUUAUAACCCUAUAGGUGAAUCGAGCCUCUACAAGCUUGCUUUCUCCUUCUUCUUCUUCUUCUUCUUAGAUGUAGAUCAGGAUGUGUGAUUUAAUCAUCACAUUGAUGAAGAGUUUUGAUUCUUUGGUAUUUGUUGUCCAUUACAUUGUUGGUUUAUAUGUCUAAUUAAAAUACCAGAAAACAAAAAACACAAAGUCAAGUUCAUGCAAAGGACAGUCUUUCUAAAGUUAAAUCAGAAAUGCCCUUAGAGCGGCUAAAAAUGCUACAAACCAUAUUUAUGAGUAUGUCAGUCAAUUCUGCAACCCUGAUAGCAUAAUUCACCAGCACAUGAAAUUCAUCCUUUUAUUUCUCAAAAAUAUUAAAAACUAGUUUCAGGUUAACUAUAAUUUGAGAGUAGUGAACAAAAGAAGUAGUGUGUUAGAUAAAAAGUGUUAACAUUAGUAUAAUAGCUCAAUGUCAGCUGUCAUGGACAUCAAGAGUUGCAGCUAUUAAAGCCGCUCCUCUAGUUAAAUAUUCCAGUGUUGAGAUUUUAUUUAGCUAAUACUUUUUUCAAAAGAGACGCACAUCUGAGAACAUCUAAGUACAAUACAUGCAGAGAUCUAGGUAGACAGAGGCAAACAACGUGAGCAAGCGCAACAAACUGCUUCAAGUCAAAUCACACAUAGUGCUGCCAUGCAGUGCCAUAGACAUCGCACAGUCUCUUUUCCUUUAUUUUCAAUUUCUUAUGGUAUUAUACCAUCAUAACAAGUCUCUCAAAUGUACAGAGGGACUGUGCAGAUCAAACGUGGCUGGAAAACUCUCUCUUCUGCUGGGUCUUCAGCUUUUUCUUGAAUGCAGGAAAGGACUCUGUGGAGAAGAUGGAGUCAGAGGUCGGGCAAAAGUGUCUGCUAAAUGAAAUUAUAACAUAGGAGUCAGCACAGCUGCUCAACUAGGGCAUGAAGUGUUAAAUUUUCUCACAGUUAGUUGCUCUCUGACAAUGCUACAUAUGUUUAGAGUGUGUACCUAAGAGGGAAUAAUUAGUGCUGCUCUGGUCUGGAAACUAUAUGCAGUUUUACAUGCUAAUUCUCAACCAAAAUCAAAGUAGAGGAAUCUGCUAGAGCACAGCAUGUCAAUAAAUAAUAAAGCUGGCAAUGCAUUUCUGAAUAACGGUGGCAUAAUACAUUUUUUAAGUGGUGGUCCAAAUCACAAUUCCUUGAUGCAUGCACUGAAACCUAGAGUUUCUUAGUUUUUGGUUGAAUAAUAAACAGACUCUUAACUAAGCAUCAAACCUUGAUAUUUCCACCUCAUGAAAACAGAUUUUUAUCCAUUAAAUCCUCAAAUUUUCCCAAAUCUUUGAAUAAAAGUGAACCGUGGUUACAGUGUAGUGUAUGACUUAGUUUUACACAUGCACACGCUCGCAUACACACAGCCCAAUCCCCCAUACCCCUCCUACACACAAACACACGAAUACCCACAGAAAUACUGUCCACCCAUACUGUUCAUGCACAAGCUUUCAAAUGCACCUCCACUAUCACUGGCAGGCCCAGCCUUGUAUCCCCCCACUCACACACAGGCAUAAGUACACGUACACACACAAACCCACACAAACAAACACACUCGCACACAGACACACAUAAUCACACACUUCUCUAAUAGCAUAUCAGGUUGCCCCACUCCCCUGGCCAGCGGCGGCACCUCCAUUUCCCCAGUGCUGUAAUUACUUUAGGGAGCUUCCGCAGCUACAGAAAAGAGGUUUGUGUGUCUGUGUGCGCUUCUGUGUGUGCGUCUGCGCGUCUGGUUGUGCACACGCAUUCACUUCCAAGGCAGUGUGGGCUUCAACAGGCAACAGCAAUGAUGCGUCCGUGCAAGCGAAACAAAGCAAAAGACUAAAAUGUGUGUGUGUGUGUGAGUCAGUGUGUGAUUGUGUCUGUGUGCAGUUCUGCGUGAGGGAACUGUGUUGUUUGUUUUCCAGUGACAGAGCCAGUCCCCUGCAGACAGAGUGGGUGAUUAACAGGGUUGACGCCUAGAGGGUGGCCCUCUCAUUAACACUGAACACACACGCAAACACACACACACACACACACACACACACACACACACACACACACACACACACACACACACACACACACACACACACACACUCACUCACUCACUCACAGCGGUGACUCUUACACGACUGUCUCUCCUUGUGUCUCUGUCUCUUUUCCUCUUUUUAACCAUGUGUUUUCUCUUUGUGUGUGCGUGCAGGUGUGUUUGUAAAAAAAAAAAAAAAACAUGGUCAAUCAAAAUUUAACAUCAUGGGUGUCAGUAAAAUAUCAGUGGUGUGUCAUGUAGGGGUGAAUGUUCUUUAAACAAGGGUUUUAUGCCGUAGAUGUUUGUGUUCCAGAGCACCAAAACACUGUAUUUUACUCCAGAUCUAAUGAGGAGCUUUGGGAAAUAUGUUUUUUUUAUCUGAGAUAUCAUAAUGUGUUUUUAAGAAUAAUAAUUAAGAUACACAUUUGUCAUAGUAAUUAACAGCAAGCACAGUGCAAUUACCGAAUCAUUCGUAUCCAAGUGUGCUCACACACUCUCAGUGUUGUAUCAUUAAAUGUUAGGAUGGAACUGGUUUUCAAUAUUUUUCUCUCUCUUUUUUCAUCCCCCCCUCUCUCUCUUCCUUUGCAGUACUAUGAGAUGUCCUACGGGCUCAAUAUUGAGAUGCACAAACAGGUGAGUUAACCUCUGUUGUUGAAAAUAAAACUUCUCUUAUCCAACCUCUGUUGGCCUGAGGUGACAUCAGUUUGUUAUGCUGGAUCAGAAAAGUUGGUAAAUGCAGUUGGUCUGUUGUUGUAAUAUCAGACAGUUAUGUGCAUGCAUAGUUAAAAGUAGCAAGUUUGAAUCAGUAUAUAAUUACUUGGAUAUGAAAAUUAUUUCCUUUUUUAUCUACAUCCAAGCAGCACCAUAUUUCUUACCCUUCCAACGUGGCCAUUGUCUUGCACCGCUGUGUUUUCACAUGAACUGGACAAACUAGUAACAAACACAUUAUUGUAUCUGGCAAGUUGCUGCGAAAAAAUGCACCAGUUGGAAGAUAAAGAUGAGAGCUGUUGUCGUCGUUGUUGUUGUUGUGCCAAAAGAGAUUUUAGUAAUGGACAUUUUUGAUAGUAGAAAUGGAGGGCCACACUUUCCAUGAAUCACAGGGGCUUCAUGCCCUGGAGGGCGACCAUCACUUUACCGACAGGUUCUGUUAAGUGUUUAUUUAAUCAGCCAUCUCCAGGUUUUCAGAUUUCUCUGUCAGGGCCCACAGUUUUCGAGUCUUAAGCCCCUCUCGCCUCUUUUCUGUUGAUGCGGUCUUCCUCUUCCUCAUUUUCCUUACUUAAAAACAAACCAACAUUUACCAGACGUGUGUCUGUCUGUCGGAGGAUUGUCAUGAUUACACUUAGUCGCCUUGGGUCUUUGAGUAAAGCUGUGUGAAGUAUUGACUGGUCGGUGUCAAGUAUUAAAGAUAGCAGAGUAAUAAUCCUGAAUAAAACACCACAACUAAUUCGUUGAAAUCUUUCAGCAGUAAUCUGAAGGAGAUAGUGAGCUGUUUUAAUACUCUUUGUGGUUCAAUAAAAGCUUAAGGUCUACCCGUCCUUCAUCACAGUCCCUCAUCACUCUUGGUCGUUGUUCGUGCCGACGAUUCACUGAGGGCUCGUCUCAUGGCCAUUAAAACCUUGGAGGUGUUCCAGCCGUCAGUCAACCAUCAUCAUGUAUGCAUAAAAAAAAUUAAAAAAAAGAAUUUCCCGGCUGAACCUUGAGCAUUCAAAGCGACUCCUCAAACUUUGUUACUCUGUUGAUACAGACACAGCUGUGCAUUCCCAACCCCCCCUCCGCCGCUGUACACCUGCAGCUCACUGAUUGGCAGGUGUGAAUUGCAGAGAUAAUCUCUCAUCACUUUGGGAGUGUUGAGAGACAUUUGAAUGAUGCCACCUGAGGCUGUGUUCAAAAUUCAGGCAUAGAUUCAUGCCUUUUAUUUUUUUUCUGCUGUUGUAAUAUGGGUUUGAGCUCACUCUAUGAGCCGUUCAUCAUUGACAUUGCAACAUGUAGGCAUAGUAACAGUGCCAGACGUGUGAUCCAGAGCAUGUCAAUUUGACUCUCAUGCUCUAGCUUUAUUUUGAUGGAUUCUCAAGGAUCUCAUACAGGUGCACGAUCCAUGUGAGUGCAUGUAUUUCCUGUUAUCAGCAGGCUUGGUUCUGAAUGUGGAUCCAUAUAGGGCUGAGCGAUAAACUGCAAAUUUACCGACACCGAAAUUUACAACAAUAACCGACGUCAUUUUGCCCAUGUCAAUAUUUUUGGUGUCAAAAGAUAAAUGAAUAAAUAAAAGUUGGUUUUGGAUGUGUGUAGGUAGGCUAUGGUCUCAUGUCCCUUUAAGACGCCGCACCUUCGCCUAAUCCAGUCUGUAACAAAGAGGGAAAUACAGGUGAGGAGAUGGCUUGACUUACUUGACUUAUUCCUGUAGGCUCCUAAGUGGAGCAUAGGGCCGCAACCACACCUCACCAUCGGACUCUGUUUUGGGCAGUUUUCUUCAGCUGGGCCCACAAUAGUCCGGUUGUUUUUGCCUCACUCUCCACUGGUCUUCUUCCAGGUCUGUUUUGGUCUCCCCACUUUCCUUUUGCCCUGCAGAUUCCAUUCCAGGGCUUGCCUAGUGAUGUUAUCCGUAGGUUUUCGGAGAGUGUGUCCAAUCCACCCCCACUUCCUCCUCUUCACAUCAUGGCUGAUGGGGCUCUGGUUGGUUCUCUCCAACAGGCUGGCGUUUGAGAUGGUAUCGGGCCAUCUGAUUUUCAUGAUGUAUCUUAGGCACUUGUUGACGAGGGUCUGGAGUUUCUUGGUGGUCAUACUUGUCACUCUCCAAGUCUCAGAUCCAUAGAGGAGAACUGACUUAACAUUGGUGUUGAAUAUUCAGAUUUUAUUCUUGAGGAGAUGGAGGACUUUUCAAAAGUUGUAGAAGCUGAAGUAGAUGAAGUUAAUGUGGGAGGAGGUGAGCAGCUUGUGGAGUAGUUAUCAUCCAUUUAUCAUUAUCGUGGUGAACUGCUCAAUAUAUCAUGAUAUUGAUUUAAGGCCAAAUCACAGUCCUAGAUCCAUAUGCAUAUUUGCAGUGGAAUGCAUCAUUUUAAAGGCUGCAACUCCGGGACUCACUUAUCAUCUCAGCACACAGAUAGACAAUCGAUCUACUGUUAUGUGCUUGGGUUUAAGAUGGAGUUUAGCAAACAUUUGAGCUUCCAUCUCAAUUUUAAAGGUGGAUUGUGUAGAAUUUAGGGGGGGGGUUUUUAUAAAGAAAUGGACUGUAUUAUGCAGAAGUGUGUUAAAAAUUCAUUUAGAGAUACUGCUAAUGUUUGGCCAGAAUGAUUACAGUCAAUAUCUAUUUUGACUUAUUGUCCUCCAAAUGUGCUAUUUAGAGUUGGCAAACAAUUAGCCACAUAAUGCUGUUUUGAUGGGGGAUACCACACGUCUCAGCUUUUUGCACAGUCUCAUCAGAGCCUCUAUAUUAAAUAACGAUGUGGUGCUGAGGUGUUAAAACUUAAGAGAUGAUUAAACAAGACCUUCCACAUUUCUCAUUUUGGCAGGGACAGCUGGAUACUCACCGUUAAUCCAAGCUCAUGCUGCAAAAAAAAAAAAAACAGGCAGAGGAUUAAAGCAGGUGUGAUAAAAGACGAAGGGGGUACAGGGUUGGCUCCUAGAUCAUUAACCUGUUAUAAGAUUUCUUUCGCCCUGUCUUGCCUUUGUUGAGAGAGUGAAACUGACAAAGAAGGGAAUGGGGAAUGACAAGUAGCUUUGGGCUAAACAGAACCGGCGCUCUGAGGACGAGGGUCACUGUACAUUACAUGCAAUCUAAACUAGAGGUAUGAAGAGAUGAACUUUUUUUCAUAUUAUCUAGUCAUUUCACUUAACUAAGAUAAGUGGCGGCAAAUAAGCGAAUGUUUAAGAAUCACACAAAGCAGGAAAUCACAGUCAAGCUUCUCAGAUAGUCAAUCAAGGCACGGCAGCACAGUCAGAAUCAGUGGGCCACUCUGAAGGAAAGAAAAAAAAAAAAAAAGGAAGAUGUCGUUCAGGCCAGGGAGGGAGAGAGCGAUAUCCAUACAUCAGUUAGUGUAGCUGAAGCUGGGGGAGUAAUUUAUGCUCAGCCUGUAGGAAGGAGAGAGUGAUGGGCCUCUAAAGGGCCGGCCCUUAUCUGUGACCUCGUCUGGCGCUGCCUUUCCACACACACACGCACAAACCCACACACAAUCUCGCGCGGUCUUAUGAUUGACGGCACACACUGACAGUCAUAUUUGGAGGAGCGAGUGUGUGCUUUGACAAAUGGACACGUACACAUAUACAGGCACAGCAGCUUCCGUGAUUUAAAGACCCUUCACAUGUAUACACCCACACAAACUCUGAGGUAGGAAGCAAGUUGGGGAGACGCGUUCAUGCAGACGCACACACGCACACACAGAUUGCUGCAGGGACACACAGCAAUGAUUGGUAUGUGUGGCGCUCAUCUCAACCCCUUUCUUUAUCUGACAGGGAUGAAAUUCACAGUCACGAUCGCAGUUAAGCGUUUGAGUGGGUGUGUGUUUUGUGUCAUACGUGUAUGUCCAGAAGUGUGUGUGUGUGUGUGCGCAUGCGCGCGUGUGUGUAAUAGAUGCUCAUGUUUGUAGCUUUUUUGCAGUCUGUAAUUUUUUGCGUUGUGCGUGCAUGUGUGUGUGUGUGUAGACUGUAGCUGCCUGUUGUAACAUCUGUGUGAGUGUGCCUGACUAUCAACCCCUUUGUUUGGAUAUUGUGUAUGUGUGUUUCUGUAUCUGUGCGUGUCAGCGGCACGCGUUGGUAAGCGUGUGUGUGCAUCCUGUGUGUGUGUAUGUGUGUGUGUGCUUUCUUCUCGCACAGUGUGAGUGGGUGCGGAGAGUCGCUAGUUCUAUUAGAGAGUUGAAAUUGAAGGGGAUGUGUGGAAACGAGUGUCGAGGAGCAUUCAUGUCUGGGCCCAUUGUGCAGCGCCAGUCCCUCCCCCUCCUCCUCCCCCUCCUCCUCCCCCUCCUCCUCCUCUUCCUCCCCCCUCUCCACCUCUGUCUCUAUUUCCCUCUCUUUCUUUCCUUCUCUCUUUCUCUCUCUCACCCUCACACAUUCAAUUGCUCCCUCUUGAUCACUCUGUCCUACUCAAUUCAAAAAAUGCCUCUCAGCUCUGUCUGUUCACUCUCUUGUCUCUCCUCUUUGUCUUUCUGUUUUCUCUGUUUUGUCUUUUGUGAGGAAAAGCAAGGUUGAGCUGUAGAUCGUACUGGGAAUACGUUGAAAGAAGCCACAUUGUUACUGGGUCGUCUUUGUCUUUCUUUUGUUAUCCCUCCUGUACAUUUAGUCGUGACCGUGUGUCUGUCUACUAUAGAACUCGCGUGUCUGUGUUUGUCUGCCUUUAAAUACACUGUGUGUGCUUUUGUUGUGUGUCCUUAGACAUAUUGUCUUGUCAAGCAUUUGUCGUCGCUUAAACUAAACCGAAGUUUCAGCCCCUGAUGAUUUAAUUUGAUUUGCGUAGAAUUGACCUCCACGCCGCAUCAUAUUGAGAGUUUGUGGUUCUUCCCACUCAGCAUUUUUUGGUCUAAAUUAAAAGAGGUCUAACAGACGUCUAAAUGUAGCCUAGACAACUGGUCUAAAAUCAGGCUACCACAGGUCUAAAAAUGACAGUUUUUUAGACGUCUAAAGCAGUGGUUCUCAAGUCCAGUCCUCGAGGCCCACCGUCCUGCAUGUUUUGGAUGUUUCCCUGCUCCAACACACCUGAUUCAAAUGAUCAGCUCGUUAUUAAGCUCUGUAAAGGCUUAAUAACGAGCUGAUCAUUGGAAUCAGGUGUGUUGGAGCAGGGACACAUCCAAAACAUGAAGGACAGGGGGGGCUCGAGGACUGGACUUGAGAACCACUGAUCUAAAUAUAGACCAAGUUUAGACUAAAUUUAAAUCUGGGCUCCAAAUGGUCCAAUCCAUCGACAUCAUUUACAUUUCAUUUUAGUGAUUCCCUUAACGAUUCCUUUCUUCCGGGUGCUUUGGAAAACGGUCUUGUGAGAGGAAGUUUUCGCGAUGGAGAACAGAGACUUUGAGGAAAAAAACAUGGUGGAUGGUACGAAAAGUAGGCAGAAACAAUCCCAAGCGUGGCUUCAUUUUACUAAGAAAGACGACAACGAGUUUUGUAUGGGAGUUUUGAGUUUGUGUAGCGUGGACUAACCCAACCAGAAAAACCCUCAAAAUUUUGCGAAUGACUCCACCCGGUGUAGCUGUGUCCUCUUUUAGGAGAUCUAGAGUAUGGUUACCCUAAUUUGACUUAAUACCGAUCAAAUAAAUGUUCUACGAAUAGUUUGUCGUUUAAUUAUUUUUAGGAUACAUUUUUUUCUGUUAUCAAAGACUUCAUAAAAUUUUGAGUUAACAUUAAAAACCUAUAGUCUACUUUUUUUUUAAUCAAAGAAAGGCAUUGACAAGGGAAUCAUUAAAGAAUUGAAUUGAGAAGCAGAAUCUUAACGGCAUCGAUAUCAAUAAAAUCGUAUCAAUUCCCAUCCUUACAGCUCUCAUAAUUCUUUUAGUUAAGUACUUGGUGUCACAGUGUCGCAGGUUCAACAUCUGAAAAAACAAUAUGGCCUUUCCUACUCUUUUUCUUUUUCUUUUUCUUUUUCUUUUUUUUUGGCAAAUUUUAGCAGAUUAAUUUCCAUUCAUCAAAUGUUCCUAGCCCGGUGGUUCGAUCAUCAGCCUCCUCCAGAGAGGCUUUGUUCUUGAGGUGGUCAGUCUUGACUCAUUUUCAACCUGCAGCUCACUGCUACGUGCCUUUAACCUGAUUUCAUACUUACAAAGUCCAGUAAUUAACAGUAAAAAAAUAAGAAGUACAAACAGUAAUUUUGAAAAAUGACUCUUAAAAUGUUCUUGAUCAUUUUCUACGAAUACAUCUUGGAUAUGUGAGGGCCACAAUUUGUAACUGUAAUAAGAUUCAAGCUCAUUUUUUACCAAAUGAAAGGGCAGGGAAUGUUGGAUUUUUAGUUUAUAUAAACGAUGCUCAUGUAUCAUGUCCCAUUUUACUCACAGCAGGAAGCAGUAACACAAAACAUUCACCCCAGGACAAAAGCAGGACACCCUGAGGAAGUCUGUGAAAUGUUGGGUUUGUUUAGGGUGCUGUCCUUGCUUCCUAUAAACACACAGACUUAAACAAAUUUUUGUCUCUGCAUUUGCUUUCAUUCCAAAGACACCUUCAUUAGUGAUGAAUGUAGUCUUUUUCAGAUGCUUGAUUUACAUCUUCAGUCUUUUGCAGUCUCUUUGUGUAAUGCUUGCAUUAUUUGCCUGCAGAAAAUGUUUUUUUUCUGUUUUCUAGCAGCACCUCACAAAAGCCAGAAAGAAGCGGUGAUAUCCAAAAGCGAGUCAAAAGGAAGAAAAAGCAUUUAGACAGAAAAAAAGCUGAGGGAGAGAGAGAGAGACAGGGAGGAGGAUAAUAGAAAGCACAGAUAAAAGAAGAGACAGAAGCUGAGUUAGAAAAAAGAUGGCAUAAAGGGCACUGAAAAGAGGAAGAGGCGUAGUUAGCAUGGAGCAAGUCCCGCAGAGACAUUUUAGAGAGACAUUUUAGAGAUGUCAGGGUGUGUGUGUGUGUGUGUGUGUGUGUGUGUGUGUGUGUGUGUGUGUGUGUGUGUGUGAAAUGAUGAGCAGAUAGGAGUGAAGCGCUUGAUGGGGAGCUGUGCUCUGCAUGCUUAAUGACUGGUAGAGGGCCCCACGCUCCUCAUCGUGCCACGAAUUACACUCUAACACAAUUACCGCUGCUUUGCAUAUCUCAGAUGGAUUGGAUGAUUACCAACCAAAUGUGAGAAUAGACCUGAAUGUGAGAAAGAUAGGGAAAAGUGCAUGAUGAGGAAGAGGGGGAAGGUGUGUGUGUGUAUGUGUGUGUCUGUGCGUGUAUGUGUGACUGCUACCUCGCAUGUAUAUAUAUAUAUAUAUGUGUGUGUUUACUUACGUGUGUAUUCCUGAGUUUGAACCACUCUAAAGUAGGAGGAACUUGAUUAAUGAGGGCAAUAAUAGGGGUGUUAAAUGUCUAAUGUGUGCGUGGGUGAGGAGAGAUGUGUGUGCGCCUCAGUUUGGGAAGGUCAGUGUCGACGUUUCUCAUACCAAUGAACGCCUGCUCCAGUCUCCCUCUCUUUUAGCCCAAGCAUGCUCUCUACCACUUGCGGCAGAUUUCCACAUGAUCUUUUCAUGUGAAUAAGUUUAACAUCAGCUCAGUUGUGUGUUGUUUGCCAUGCGGUGUACAGGGGACACAAAAGCUGAUCAUGAUCAGUUGGAUCUGACUGGUUGAAUUUUUGCCAUGUCAGAAAUUUUGGUUUGCCAGCUGCACAGACCUGCUCAGUAACACAGAGGAGCCAUGAGGAGAUUCCCAAACUUCAAAGACUUUUUUCCCUGAUCCGGCCUUCGUGCCGUGGCACACAGCGUCUGAAAGCCCCAUGGCAUCACACUGUGUGAUAUGGACAACUGAAAUACUCAUUAAUACACUCUGAUCUAGGAGUGUCCUGAUACGAUACUGAUAUUGGAUAUCGGUCAGAUAUCAGCAAAAAUUCAAAUAUUGGGUUAUAUCGGCCUGCAUCUAAAAUCUCCGAUACAGGCAGUCCAUUCCAGUCUCUGCUCCGGCACCUCUAUCUAGUAGCGCACGGAUCCAGCAUGUAGAGCCACAGAAUCACAACAACAGUGUAUACCAAAGUAGCAAGGAGUAGGAGUGAUGUCGGCCAUGUGGCAGUGUUUUUCAUUAAAGUCAGAAAAGACGUGCAAAACUCGACAUGCAAAAGUUUGUGCUAAUAUCAGAUCAAUAUUGGUAAUGGACAAUACUGAAGGCUACAAUAUCAGUACCGUAUCGGAGGUAAAAAAGUUGUAUCGGGACACCCCGACUCAGAUCUUUAUGACCACCUUGUGCAAUACUGAACACCCAAUAGAAAAGCUCUAACCACAAAAGAAACUGACUUCUCAGUGUGUGUCUGUUCUUAAAGGGUUAGUCCAGAGAUAUCACAUGAUUGACCUAUAACAUAAAAAUCCCUUGAAAUGAUCAAACCAACAUUUUCUCAAUCUGACCAUGUCUGCAGACCAAAAGUGGUGUUCAUAUUUCUGCGACAUGACUUGACAAAUGUGAGAAGAAUCUUUGAAUGCAGAUCAGAAAUGAAGAGUACUAAUUUUUAAUUCAUUAUGUUCAUUUCUCUGAUAGUUUCAGUGCGUAUUCAAUCUGUAUUAUGCGAUAAACUAGACUGUCAUUUACCUAAAUUGAAACUUAUGGGUUGAAACUUUGGAAAAUAACAUAAACACAUGCUGAAUUGUAAGGAAUAAAAGGCCAGGCUUUGACAAGUCUGUCUGAAAGCAGAAAACAUAUUGUUCUGAACCUGACCAAAACAUUCAAGUGAGAGUGGUUUUCCAUUCCACUGCAAAUAAACCCAAAAGCCCUGUAAAUGUCACCCAUGUUGGGUGAUCAAUUAUUAUUCUUAAUCUCUAAAGUCAAAUGUGCCUCUACCCACGGCUCCCCCCAAAAUACAGAGCAUUAAAGGCUUUCCCCCUCUUAAGGUGUGAUGAGGUUAUCAGGGGUUAUCCUCUCUUUAACAAAGUCAUCUAUUUGUCAGUGCUGUUCAAACGAUUAUUCUUUAGUUUGGUUGUGUCUUUUGUUUUUUGUCUUUUGAAGCUGGCAAACCCACUCAACAGAUUGAGGUUAUGUGUUUGUAAAGUGGUGCUUGUUUCAAACUUUCCUGAAAAGUGAUGUGAUGAAAAUGUGUCAAAAUGUGAGUCUUACAGGUUUUUAAUAAUGAAACUCCUCUUCCUCUUCCACAGGCUGAGAUUGUCAAGAGAUUGAAUGGGAUCUGUGCACAAGUCCUCCCCUACCUGUCUCAGGAGGUUAGUGUGCACACACACACACACACAUACAUACUCACUAAUACACACACACUGACACGAAUACGUCACUGACCCUCAGACCUAUUCCUUACAUCCUGGAAUGAGAUCACGCUCAUUCCCGCCUCAUUACUCCUCCACCUCCGUGACCCCUCGCCCAGCGUCCCACCUCCACUUCUUUUUCCUCAACCUUUGUCCUCACAUCGUUCUUCAUCACUCUGCUCUGCUCCACCCCACUUUCACUUGAUCUCCCCCCACUCGCAAUACUCGAUCUGUCCUCCCAGUAUCCCCUUCCCCCUCUCUUUUUGACCUCCCCCAUGAAUCCCCUCCUUCCCUUUAUCCUUCCUCCUCCUCCCCCUCCACCUCCACCUACACCACCAACUCCUCCAUCCCACUCCUCUUUUCCUUUAUGUAUGUGUGUGUUUGUAUGUCAGGAUAAUAAAUGGUUGUGUGAUUCAGAUAAGCCAUGCUCUUAUCUGCCCACCAGGGCGUCGACCUCCACCCAUUACCGCACACCAGCCAACCAUCCAUUCACCGUGUCACACAAGGCUUUUGAGUGUGUGUGUGUGUGUGCGUGUGUGUGUGUGUGUGUGUGUGUAUAUAUGGCCGGAUUAAUAGAUGAAUUGCCGGAGGGUGGGCUGCAUCACCACUGAGGGUUGUCGGGUCUCUGAUGGGACUAUUGAUAUUGAUCUAACCUUUCCACCUCUCUCCCCCAAAACUCUCCUCCCCUUGUUUCUGUCUCGCUUCUAUUGUCUCCCUCACUUUGCUUUCAUCAACUUCACUCCCUCCCACCCUGGACCUCCUCCUCCUCCUCCUCCUCCUUCAUCCCUCGUGUCCAGCACCAGCAGCAGGUCCUGGCAGCCAUAGAGAGAGCCAAGCAGGUCACACCCCCAGAGAUGAACUCGAUCAUAAGGGUAUGACUCUUUUGUGAUCGCUAAAAGUGCAAUCAUUGAUAACUGCUAAUUCUGUUGUGUUUCCGAACAGCCUGUCUUGAGCGUCUUUGUGAUUUUAUCAGCAUCUGUGCUGUGAAAUUUAUCAAGUUAAGCCUGCCGUUAUCGUCACUAUUCAUUUGUGAAUCAAAUAUUGGGUAUCGCCCUUCAGGUUUUUGGUUUAAACAAUGCACAAUGGGAAGUCAAAGCUUCGGCCAAUAUUGAUUUCAAAAUGUUAAUUUGGUCCAUCUUUCAAAUUUCAGUAUUUUUAUACUUAUCUGUAUGACCAAAAUAAAGGAUUGAAUACAAUCAGAAUAAUGUGACAACUAAACUAAUCCAAACUACAAUAGUAUACUUUAUUAUUAAAGCUGCGUGUACUGACGGAUAAAUGGGAUGAUAUGAUCCAAUCUCCCAGUAUGGACCCAAUGUUGAAAAGAAGCAUGGCAACAGUAGUUAGCUAGUUCAUAUCAUUAUGUUUUAGGCAUGAGCCAAAAAGCCACAAUCCUUCAUCCUGUUAUUUACUCUAAUGAUAAUAAUACACUCUGUUAUUAUCAUCUUUGGACUUCUUCACUUGGUAACCACGUAAUUUCACCAGAGGUUCCAUAGAAACAAAAUGAUGGUUUCAUUUGAAUGCAAUGUCCAUCACUGUGAUGCAUGGUUUAAAGAGCAUAUACACAGACUGUUCACUGGACUAGAUGUGUUCCUCUCAGUACAGAGACACUUUUUCUCAAUCCUGUAUUCAUCAUUAUCCUACUUUGAGAGCCGUCAGUAUUAUUCUUCAAUUUUCAUGGACAGAAGCAGCCAAUGCAGACUUCUUCAAAAUUCAGUUUCUUUCAUCACACGUAGAGUUCAAAAACGGCAAACACUUUGAAGAUGGUUUUUCUUUAACAUCACAAUAAAAUGUAGGUGCAUCUCAUUGUGUUUUUAUGUUCGAUUAAGGUCCAUGUCCGUCUUCUGAUUUCCCAUCUUUGUUCUAUUUUCUUCUUUCCUGUUUGUUUUUCUUUUCAGAGAGGUAAACAUCUAAAAUUGCAUCAGUUAUAAAUAAGCUUUGUGUUCUGCAGAGUUUCCAUCUCCUAUAGAGGAUGCAUUUUAUCGAUGAUUUGUUCAUUGCAUCAGUCCUUCAGUGCUUGAUCUAUUCGCACUCUGUUUCAGGGAUGAGAGUAAACACUUUGUGAUGUGCGACUUUUGUGUUUUACAGAUGAGGUGUUUUCCUCAUUUUUUAAUUUUUUUUGUUACAGUGGUUUUUGUAACGCUUCCACCCUGCUGUGUCUAAGUAGUGUGUGAUUGUCUUUCAUGCAGCAGCAGCUCCAGGCUCACCAGCUGUCUCAGCUCCAGGGCCUGGCCCUACCCAUGACCCCUCUUCCACUGGGCCUGAGCCAACCGGCCCUCCCCGCUGUCACCACCUCCUCCGGUCUCUUCUCCCUCUCCUCCCUGCUGGCUUCCCAAGCCCAGCUGGCCAAGGAGGAGAAGGCGUCACGCGACGGAGUAGACAGCCACCGUGAGGAGGACGGAGACAAGUCUGAUUAGAUGGUGUCCCCGUUCCGCUCUGUUUUUAUUCCGAGACCUGAAUCCCAACAUCUGAUUCUCUUGUGGGCCUCCAGCCUCUCCCCUGGUAACCGUCUCUCUCUGUCUGAAGCCAGGGCUUCAGUCCCGUCACCACUGCUCCAGCUACAGACCCCAAAGCAAUUCCUGUUAUUGGGGGAGAUUUGACACCUGCUCCUCUUGUCGGACUUGUCUUGAUCUCUUAAUAUCUACCACGCUUGGUUUGUGUCUUUAUCUUACCCAGUAGGGUGACUUUAUUUCUUGUUUUUCCUGUGACUUUUUAUUUUCCCUUUUUUUUUAAAAUGUAUUUUGUUUUCAGCACUUUUUGCAGCUUCUGUUCUUUUCUCUCUAUUUCAUUUUUUCUCUGUUCUUAUUUUGAUUUAUUUCUUUUUGUGUGCUCUUUCACUCUCAGAAAUCUCUCCCCCAACUCUUUUGUUCUUUUUGAAAUCACUCCCUGUCAUGCAGGACUGAUCAGUGACACACCUCACCAUAGGUGUCCAAACAGGCUGAGUGUCACGCACAGUGAUUCCUGGGCAGGAUGUAAAACUCGACACAGACACAAAUCAAAAGUCCUGUGAACCUCAUUUUCCUCAGAAGAGCCCAGUAGAAUUAUAAUCUUUUGCAGUUCAGAUUGCAUGCAUUCAUUUUGAGGUAAGUUGGCUUUACGUUUCAAUAAUGGUUUGUUACUGAUCAGAGAAGCAUCAAAUUGUCGCCCUCAUGUCCCGGCCAAAGGAAAUAACCUCUUUAAACCUUCACACACACACCUCCUACUCAAAAGAGAGCAGAAACAUUGUAAUGAGAAGACAUCUCUUGUCGACAAACUUGAGAUUUUGUGUAUAAUCCUAAAUUCUAUGUCGAAAGGCACCACAGGAAAAGCUCCCUCCUAAAACAUGCUUCAUGCUGAGAGCUGUCUGAGGAGAUAAGAAACCCACCUAAGUCAGUAAUCCUGGUCCUCACCUGACCCUGCAAGGUACGUCAAGAUAAAUCCAACCUGGCACCUUCACUGACAGGCAGCAUUUUCAUCAGCAGCUAAAUGAGCAGAGCUGCCGCUUGACUCCUGUUCACUCCCACUAACUUUUUCAUCUUUUAAUGUGCAGUGAUACGAGAAAAGGCACAGAGAGGGGGGAGAGUGUGCAUGUUGUGUGUCGACAGCAGAGGGCAGUGUGUGUCCUCGCAGGGUGUAGGCUUGAGCAGAGCAGAGACGGGACAAUGACGGAGUAUAGGCUGUGUCACCAGAGGAAAAAGGGAUUUUUUAUCCACUCUGAUACAGAGACAAGGCCGACCAGACAUUAUUCUCAGCAUGUGGUCAGACUCUGUUUCUGUAAUGAUCCAGUUCUUGAGGAAUAGCUGUUUGAAGAGCGCCGCACAGAAACAUAACCAGGCCUGUGCUUUUGUUCUCACGUACAUUCAGAUUUGAAUACUGUAGGAAGACUUAGAUAAAGACCCGCAAUGCAUAUCACACUAAAUAUAUCCCACCUGGAGAUCAACACUAAGAUCUAACAAACUUCAAUCAGGACCCACUCAGCUUAAGCACAACCCCCUACAGCUACUCCCUUUGGAUUUACGGGCUCUGCUCACCUACUCCGCUGUUUUUAGCUCCUCCAUCAUGUUCGACUGUGCUGAAAACAAUGUCCUCACCAAACGGAGUCCUCCCGUUCCCAGUCUUUAAAACCUGUAUCGUGUUAUUGCAGCUCCCCAGGAUUGAUUUCAACAGGAGGCCGUUGUUACAGGCUAAUGCCUCUUUUAAUUACUUGGGGUUUAAUUACUUAAUGAUGAACUUUGGCUGACGUGAGGCAUCUAUGUAUGUUUGGCUCUCAGGCAAUCCAAUAAAUCAGGGCUUUCCCGGUUUCCCAGUCUGGGAAAGCUCUGAUUUCCCAGUACUAAUUACCACUCAAAGUGUGAGGAGAUGUCAGACAAGCACAGUUUAUAUUCACCCACAGAAGGGGUCUGAUCCAGCAAGCAACACAUGUGUGGACCGAGGCGUUUGUAGGAGCUGUAUCAGGUGUAAUUCUCAAUUUAAACAUCCUUUUUGCUACAUACUGAAAAUAACCUGUUAAAUUAUAGAUGGUUUGCAUACAUGAAGUGAGCCCUACUGGUCUGGCACUGUUGGUUUACAGAGAAAAUGUGAUGAUGGGAUCUGCAAAUGUAAACUGAUAGAGAGCCUGUGUUUUAUAGAAACUCCCCACAAAUACACACGACCCUCUUUAGCCUAAUUUCUCUGUGUUAUGAUGAUUUGAUAGAAAAAGCUUCACUCCACGUCAACACAAACCUUGAUUUACAAAAGUACACCCAGAAUGAAUACAGACAGGUCUACGAAUGGACUCCUCAUGUUGUGUGUAUGUAUGUGAAAACACUCUAAGUGUGUGUACAAACAGCUGUACAGGUUCGGUUGUUGCUGGCUGGCAGAGAUUGAGCACGUUUCUGUUCUUUCGGUAACUAAAAGCUAACACGCUAUUCUGCUUGUGAAUUACGCUCGCAGCACAUUGUUCUCCCAUCUAGCCACACACUGUAUGUAACUAGCUACAUACUAUACUUGUUGUAGUUAUACGCAAGAGUGUGUAGAGGAAGUGAGGCACACACAUUCACACAAACCUGCACACACAUUAGUGCAUGACUGCAGGGGAAGCGAGAUCAAUUUCUCUCUGGUGGAGACAUUUUUCAAAAAGUGUUUAGUCCAAACUUUCUGUGAUCAAUGCACUUGUUUUAUGUUUUUUAUUUCUUUUCUUUUGUUUUGAAGUAUUAAUCGCUAUGAGCUAGAAUGAGAAUUACAAAGCCGGUGUUAUAAACAAAUAAAAUUCUAUGUAUUUGUUAAAGUAGUUGGAGACGCUCGCCUCCGUAUACAGUUAUACAUAGAAAGCUUUAUAUGUAAAUAGCUGCAUCUUUUCUUGUCUGUCCUGGAUGAUUCUCGUGCUAUUGUGUUACAAAAACUGAUGUGACACCAGGGGGGAACUGCAGUACAUUGACCUUUUAACAUUUUCUCUCUCCUUUAAUCCCAGUUUCUCCAAUCCUACAUCCCACUUCUUUGCCCCCAUAGCGUGAAGCAUUGUAAGCAUUUUGAGCUUUGUAAAGGUCUUUUUUUAAAUACUUAUUUUGUGCAUAAUGUAAAACCUGAAAGUGUGUACUUUGGAAGAAAAAAUGUUUUGUGUCUGAAAUCAUUGCUUCAUUGAAACAAACAAACAAAAAAAAAGAAACUAUUAAAAAAAGUUACAUUUACUAUAAAUAAUAUGAAAUGUUCUGCAGUAAGGAAGGACUUCUGGUGCCUUACAAAUAAAGUCAAUCAAACCAUAAGAAACUCUCCUGCUCCUCUGUCACCC